AUGAGUCAUUGCGCUCCUUCGGAUCGCUAUAAAGAAUUUGUGUUGUCUCCAAAACAACGAAGUGAAUUGGAAGAUGCUUUCAAAGUGUUUGAGGACCGGAGCAACCCGGGUACAGUCAAAGUGGAGAACCUAGUCCAUUUGCUACGAGCACUGGAUCAACACUAUACGUGGAAGGAACUACUUAUUCUCUCUCAGCAUUUUAACUCUAAAGGAAUUACGAGCUUGGACUUUGAGGAAACUCUGUCUCUCUUCUUGUCUCGGGUUGACGAAGAGCCCGAUCGCGAAUUGCUGGAAGAAGCGUUCGCAAUUUUCGACAAGGAUCGGACCAAUACCGUUGAUCUGGGCUUCUUCAAGAGGUGCCUAACUACACAGUGUGACCAAGUCCCGGUACGUUAACUUUCCUUUUCAUAUCAAUGACGUCGUGACCGUUUACCAAAAUGCUGCGUGUUUGUCAAAUCGCACUCUCGCCGUUUUGUGCGAUCAACUUAGUUGGAAGGGCUCGUAUCGUACGUGCUUUUCCUUUCAUUAUCCCAAGUGUAUGUGCGCGCCCUACCUAUACUUACUCCCCUUGGACUUGGUCCGAUUGAACUUGGUCAAAUCCGACUUGGUCCGUUUGAACUUGGUCAAA